AUGGAAGUGUUCUCUGUAUUCAGACCUCUACUAGAUCCAGUUACUGGUGGGAAUAAUUGUAUUUGUUAUGACCAAUUCAAAGGAAUGCUUAAUAGUUGUGUACAGUCACAAGCCUUGCCAGGUACCUCCAAUGAACCUUGCAGUGAUACCAGCACUUCACCUCAGACUAGUGCUCCUGUCUGUGAUGAACUUGCGGAGGUAAAAGAAGCAAUUGUUAGUAAUAUGGCUAAUAACCAAAAGGAAGCAGUUUUUCAGAAUUCAAAUGCAGGAGAAACCAGCUGCAAGUUACUAACUGCACAAAAUGUAAUGGAGGACCCCAGCUGUUCACACAGAAAAGAUUCCAGUCCAGUGGUGAUCUGCCAGUUGAAAGGAGGUACUCAAAUACUCUGCAUAAACAAUUCUGGCACAAGAGAACUGAAAACAGUUCAUCUGGUUCCCCAGUAUCAAAACCAACAUAAUUAUCUUCAGUCAGAUGUGCCUAACCCUAUGACAUCUCUGCUGGGACAAUUUUUGCCAAUUCCAGGUAAAGUGGAUCUCAAUGCACAACAGCUUGAGAACGGAUCCUUACAAUCAGUAGCUAGCAAUGCCACAUUCCAAUCAGAAGUAAAUCUUCAAGGGCCAACAAAAAUGACUUUAGUUGGAUUGCCUCUUAGUUCAUGGGAUACAAAGUCUAAAAAAUCGUGUAACUGUACCAAAUCUCAGUGUUUGAAAUUAUAUUGCGAUUGCUUUGCCAAUGGUGAUUUUUGCAACAACUGCAACUGUAAUAAUUGUUACAACAAUCCACUUCAUGAAACUGAGCGGUUUAAAGCUAUUAAGGCUUGUCUUGAUAGAAACCCAGAAGCUUUCCUACCAAAGAUUGGGAAAGGGAAACUGGGUGAUAUUAAACCUCGCCACAACAAAGGAUGUAAUUGCAAGCGCUCAGGGUGCCUUAAGAAUUAUUGUGAGUGCUUUGAGGCAAAAAUUAUGUGUUCCUCUAUUUGCAAAUGCAUUGGUUGCAAAAAUUAUGAAGAAAGCCCAGAUCGAAAAACACUAAUGAACAUGCCCAACUACACGGAGAUUAGAAAUAAUGAAGAAAACAUCCUUGUUUCAACAUCUACAUUUGAAAUGUUAUCAAAAUCUAGAAGAGACAGGCAACCUACUACAUGUAUAUCCUGGGAAGUGGUUGAAGCAACAUGUGCUUGUCUCCUGGCACAAGCUGAAGAGGCAGAAAAAGAAACUUACUCUGUUUGUCUAGCAGAGCAAAUGAUCUUGGAAGAGUUUGGGAGAUGCUUGUCACAGAUUCUGCAUUCAGAAUUUAAGUCCAAAGGGCUGACAGUUGAGCAAUUAUUCUUCCACUAUGUCCCUGGUCCAGCAAAGCAUUUAAAUAUGGGCUUAAAUUUAAUCACCUGGCAUGAUGAGAAAUUAGCAGCAGGUUUUAAUGACUGGCGAAAUUUGCAUCAGCAUUUGAAAGAACAUGAAACAUCAAAAAAUCAUUUACGCUCAUUGACAAAUUGGAUUGAGCUGUCAAACAGAUUACGGACCGGUACAACAAUCGAUGCGGUACAGCAACGUCAACUAAAUUCAGAAAUUCUACGUUGGCAAGCAGUGUUGGAACGUUUACUGGCAAUCAUUAAUUUCCUAGCCGAACAGUGCCUCGCAUUCCGUGGAGCCUCGGAUAUUUUAUAUGAGAAUAACAAUGGAAAUUUCUUAAAAUUGGUUGAGUUAUUGGCAAAAUUUGAUAAUGUUAUGGCUGAGCAUGUACGAAGAGUGAAAGAUGGAGAGAUUCACACCCAUUAUUUGGUUGAUUGUACUCAAGAUCUGAGCAAAACUGAGCAAAUGUCAAUAGUUUUACGAUUUCUGAAAAUUGAUGAAAAUGCAGAAGUGAAAAUUUGUGAACACUUUCUAGAAUUUAUACCAGUGAAUGAAACUACUGGGAAAGCCCUCACAGAUGUAAUUCUACAGAGAUUGGAACACUAUGGAAUACCUUUAGAAAAUAUGCGUGGCCAAGGGUACGAUAACGGCUCAAACAUGAGAGGACGACAUGCAGGUGUUCAGCAAAGAAUAUUGAAUUUAAACAAUCGAGCUUUUUUCAUUCCUUGCCAUGCGCAUUCGCUCAAUCUGGUUGUCAGUGAUGCCGCCAAAUCAUCUAAAGAUGCCGUUUCAUAUAACUAUAAUGACCAGAAGGCCAAGCCACAAAGAGGAAGCAACUGA